UUGAACCACAUCGACGUAGAUACAAUAAUUCUAAUAAAGUGUGUGUGAAUAAAUAUAUUCUUCGACCAUUGCAUACUGCUAAAGCAUUAAUUUGCUGCAGUAAUUUUAAAAAUAUAUAAUUUUUUUCAAUAUAAUUUUGCAUUUAACAUACUGUUCCGAAAUAUUAGAGUGUGUUUUCGAGAUCUAAAAUAUAUAUUCCUUUUUUUUGAGAUGAUGGUAUUUUUGAAACUAUUAUUAAAUAGCGGAUUAAUUUUUAUCGCUGCGACAGCUUUCAUUCGUAAUAAAUCUCGAUGUUAUGAACCACCAAAAUAUGUAAAACCAAUACAUUACAAUAUCAAGUUUACAUCAGAAAUUGAAGAAAAUAUUUUCUAUGGAGAAUACAAUAUCAGCAUAAACAUUCUUAACAAAACGCAACACAUAUAUUUGCAGUUAGAAAAAUCAUGUAUUUACAAUAUAUAUUUAUUUACAAAUAAUGGAAAUUAUGAGAAUGAGAAAGAUGCAGUAUAUAAACCAACAUAUAAUCGUAAUGAAGACACAAUUAAUAUUGUCUUUGGAGUUGAAUUAUCACCAGGAAAUUAUACUUUAUAUAUAGAAUAUUCUGGUAAAUUUGAUAAAAGCUUCGGAAUUUUUAAUGUGGAAAGAAAAACAACUAGGAUAGCUGCUCUGCAUUUCCACAUAAUAGGCUCCCAACAAUUAAUUCCAUGUUGGAAUUACCGAUAUUCAUUAGAAACAACAUUUAGCAUAUCUAUAAAAUGUAAUCAAUGCGUGGCUUUGUCAAAUAUGCCAUUGCCAAAUAUUGAAAGAGAUGAGAACAAUGUGUUAUGGACACACUUCAAUACCACACCUGCAAUAUCGCCUCAUCUCGUAACAAUGCUUCUAUCUAAUAAUCUAAUCAAUCUUAAUAACAAAACUCGAGGAAUUAACAUGUGGGGCAGACACGAAUCUAGAUUAGACAUACAAUAUGCAGAAAGUGUAGCUGAAGAUAUCACGUUGUAUUUUCAAACUUAUUGGAAUCGUUCUAACAGUAUUACGCACGUCACUCAUGCUGUAAUUCCUAAUUUCCAUGAUAAAAGCAUCAUAGUUUUCGGACUUGUUCUUUAUAGGGAAGUAGACAUCAUCUUUAAUAAAGUAUUAUAUCCAGUUGCUCGCGCAAUCCAAGUAGCUCAAUUAGUAGGACAUAAAGUGGCACAGGAAUGGUUUUAUAAUCUUAACAAUCCGUUUCAGUCGACUUUUUGGUUUAAUGAAGGUCUUACUGGAUUGCUUGCAACAAUUGCUGUCGAUAAGAUGAAUCCAAGAUAUCGAAUAAUGAAUUUAUUUGUUGUUCAAAAUCAACAUAAUUCUUUUUCUUUGGAUGGUGAUUAUCAUAUGUGGAAUUCUUCUUUACGAGAUGAUAGUUUAUUUAACAUUCGCAAAUCCAUCAGGGCACCCUUUUUACUGCGCAUGGUACAACACGCCUUCACCGAAGAAUUAUUUUGGAAAAGCGUCCGCCCAUAUGCAUUUGACAAUCAAAGUUUGCUGCAUUUUUUGGAAGAAAUUGAUACCGCUGUAGGAAAAACACAUUUUGCAAUUCGAAUAAUAAAUAAUUGGCAAUUAGAAACGCAUUGUCCUAUCAUAAAAAUAAUACGUAAUCAUACAGAUGAUCAUAGUUUGCAUUUUGUGAGCGAAGUGAUUGUAUUGAUACAGAAUACCGACACAUUAAAAAUUGACUGCCUUCCUGUAACUUUUACUACGGAAGCGUCUCCCAAUUUUAACAAUUUUACUAAUCAUAUGUUAUGCGUGAAAAAGAAUUUAAAAUUGUCAUUAACAUUUAAUCAGCCUGGUUGGAUGAUAUUUAAUGUACAACAAGUUGGAUAUUACCGCGUGAACUACGAUAUCGAGAAUUGGCAAAGGAUUUCACAUUAUCUACACUCUGAAAAUUACACGAAAAUUCAUGUUCUUAAUCGUGCCCAAAUUAUUGAUGAUGCAUUUCAUUUAAUGAUAGCAGACCAACUCGGAUCAUAUAUAUUCUGGGAUAUCAUAGGGUAUUUACAUCAAGAAGAAGAUUAUAUAGCUUGGUAUCCUAUGUUUAAAGCUCUGGAAUACAUGUUCGGUACCUUUUCAGCGUUUGGCGAACAAUGUAACAAUGUUAAGGAAAGAAUAAGAGCCAUAUUAUUCGAUGUACUUAGAAAAAUCCGAUACGAAGUUGUUGAUCAAGCCUUUCUUAGAAACUGUUUACGAUAUGAAGCUGCAAGAUGGGCAUGUUUUUUCGGUGAUAUCACUUGUAAGAAAGAAGCCAACAAUAAAUUAAAACAAUAUAUCAUAGAUAUAAAAUUGCGCAGUUUUUUGCCAUGGCAGCAGGAAUGGAUAUAUUGUAAUGGUUUGAUGAUAACUACCAUAAACGAGACCACUUGGGAAUUAGUGUUUGCUAUAGGAGUGUUUAAAUCUGACGCUAAAUUUUUGGAAUACUUGGCUUGCCCUGAAGAUAUUGAUGUCAUCAUCUAUUAUUUAAAAAAUAAACGGUACCAUUCUAUAAAACGGGAAUAUCAACUUGAUGUUAACAGUUUCUUACAUAUUAUUACGAAGCAUGCAAAGAAUCCAACUAUACUAAAGUAUAUAUUAGAUCAUUUUAAUGAAGUAAAACCAAAAGAGAUUAAUAUAAUUGCAGCAUUAAUUAUUAUUAUUAAUAAUAAUUAUUCCGACAAUUUAUUACAGCGAAUAUUAGUGUAUGUUGGACGUAUUUUCGACGCUAACGUAAUUAAAGUGAAUAACACAGAAUGUUUAUUUGAAAUACAUCAAAUAAAAGAGAGUGACAUUUUGAUAAAGAAGAUUAACUUAUAUGACUACAUAUUAAGACAAAUUAGUAAUCGGAACGGUCAAAUCAGAAGACGAAAGCAGUAUUUUGAAAGAUUUAUUCUAUAAUGUGUCGUUAUCAAAAAUGUCAUCUUUGCAUACGUGGACAUACUUCAUAUAAGUAAUGUUUAUGUUAUAUAUUUACUAUUUUAUUUACUGCUUUAAUUAUUGUUUAUAAUUAUUAUUUAGAUGUAUUACUAUUCGAUGCCUCUGUACAUUUACAAAACUUUAUUUAGUAAGAUCUGACUGCAUGCAUCAAUAAUAAAAAUUUAAUUAU